CCACUGGGCGUGCUGCGGCUGCUGCAGCUGCUGGCCGGCGCCGCCUUCUGGAUCACCAUCGCUACGAGCAGGUACCAGGGUCCGGUGCACUUCGCGCUCUUCGUGUCCGUGCUCUUCUGGCUGCUGACCCUGGGCCUCUACUUCCUCACGCUGCUGGGCAAGCACGAGCUGGUGCCCGUGCUGGGUGCGCGCUGGCUCUUGGUGAACGUGGCGCACGACCUGCUGGCGGCCGCGCUCUACGGCGCCGCGACGGGCAUCAUGAUCCACCAGACGCGGCUCCACAGCUACUGUAACCUGAAGGAUUACCCGCUGCCCUGCGCCUACCACGCCUUCCUGGCGGCCGCCGUCUGCGGCGGCCUCUGCCUUGGUCUCUACCUGUUCUCGGCGCUCUACGGCUGCUGCCGCCGCUACCAGGGCGAGCAGGACGUGGUGUGAGACCGCCCGCGGCUGCCGCGGGCCCUACCCGGGCAGGGGAUCCUGUGGAGGGCGGCGCCCCAGUCCUUACUGCCUCUGCCGCCCCGCGGUCUUGCGCGCUGGCACCCUCCCCUUGCCCUGCCUUCCCGCUGCCGCCCACGCCCAGGAACAGGGACCCUGACACGCAGCUCCCGUAUAGCGGGGAGCCCUGAGUCUAAAGCGCUGCGCCGGACGCACCCUCUCCAGGGACCUGGGCAGGGCUGCAAUCCGAGAGGCGGACGGACGCAUACCCUCAGACGGGCCGCCCCGAAUCGAAAUCUUGCGGUUCCUUUUCUCUUCCCUGCUGAGAGCGAGACGUGGACAGGCGCCGCGUAGAUCCGGGGGAGGCACCCAAAUUGGACCCAACCUUAUGGCCGCGCCACUGCGCCGUGCCUCCCGACCCGCGGUCGGAAGAGCACCCCUUCGGGCCCUUUUUCCAGCCUCGGGUGCUGUAGAAGGCCGGCACGCGGCCGCUGGCGGAGCUGGGGAGAGGCCUCGGCUGGUUCUCGGAUGAGUGACGAAUUUGGGAUUGUGCAAGCGUCGUGAGGGGCCCCUCCCGGCAGACCCCUCGGUGCUUGAUGUCUUUGGCUGGAGUCUUCUCUCACCUAUGCCUGCCCAGCCUUUGUCUAAAACAGAGGUCACUGACUUCCGGCGUCACAGUGAUACAACCCCCUUCCCAGCCUUCCUCUCACAGGCGUCUGCUUCACUGCUCCCCCCACCCCCCAAUCAUCACGGAAUGUUAGGGUGCGCCCCACCCCUUCUUUUUACAGAUAGGGACCCCAGGCCUGCUGUUGGGAACAGCCAGAACAAGAUUAGAACCGGUCCCUGGACUCCCAGUCCAGCGCUGUUUACGUUAAAGCAGUGGGUGUUCCCAGUAACCCUGGACCAGGAGAUACCCCUCUAAAAGAGGAUUUCAAGACCACAUGAGUUUGUCGAUGGUGCUAUUGCCCCUUGGAGAUUGACGAUGUCAUUAGCAUAGCAAAGGCUCUGAGAAGUCCCACUGUAAAAGAAGCCCAGGUAACUUAGUUUACAGUAUUAACUAUCUCUGGGCCUGCAUCUGUUUUUCCCACCUUAAGAUUCCAAGCAGCCCUGUGCUGUCCUUGCCCAACUCAUUGCCUUCGGUCUAUGGAGAUUUGGGGAGCAUGUUCUCUUCCCAGGGGGUUUCUCUAGCAGAGGGAGAGGGACAGCUAGCCCCUGCCAGGCCAGUGAGAGAGGCCAUACACUAAGACCUGGGAGAUGGAUUUGAACAUCCCUUUACAUUGCUUGGAAUGAUUUCCAAGUCAAAAGGAACUUCAUCUGUAAGAGAUCUUGGCGUUGACCAUGAAGCUGGAGGGUCACACUCACCCAAGAGAAGAAAAGUGUCUGGAGCUAGAGUGAACAGCUGGCCAAGCCUCUGGGAGGUUUGCAUUUUGUUGAGCUGUGGAGAUUCCCAGAGCUUGGUUGUGCCGUUCUCUCCCGGUCCCCAGUUUCCCUGGCUUGCAACACCAUUCCGGCUCGGACCAGCAGAAGGUUUCAGAGUCUUCAAUAUGUGUCGAGGGAGGUCGGGGAGAGCGAACUGCUUUUGCUCAGCAACUUCCCUUCACAGUGGCUUCCACACUAUUCAUGGAAGAACCAAGAUGGAUGAAGACUCAUUCUGCCUUAACCCAAGGGGAUUCCUGAUUCCCCUGGUGCUGUGACUUGGGCAUAAGAUUCCAGACACCUGGAACUGAGUUCUGCAUCCUUGAAGUCUAAACAAUGGGUUUUAGCCCCAGCUUUUGUCCUUUUUUCUUUUCUCUCUGUUUAGAUCAUCAUUUAAGUUGUAUCCUCAGCUCAGGUCCAGCCCCCUGAGAGCCCCUUCCUUAGCCCCUAGCCCAGGGUGCUCUGUCUGUGGUCAGGGGACCUUAUUCAGGAACAGAAUCUCCUUGGCCUUUACAGUGCCUUAUCCAUUCUGAUGUGCCUGUAGCAUUCCAGAGCGUUUUGACUCUUCUAGAUGUGCCUUUACACUUGGCCUCCAGCUGCUUGGUAGUCCCUCUGUCUGCCAGAUGUGAGAAGGACGUGUAAGACGGCCCCCACACCCAUUCCCUCCUCUGCCUUGAGGCCUCGUGCCAUAGAUACAGCCAUCUGACCUGGCCCAGACUUUUGGAUACUGGAGACAGCCUCAUAGGCUGUUCUCUUUGGACACCAGGAUCCAGUCCAGCCCAAGAUCAUGCUGGGCAACUCCUGGCUCAAAAGUCUGGGGCGACGUGCAGACCCGGAAGAGGAUUUCUACAGUGUUCUACAAAGGCCAGAAAGGAGGGUGGGAGGGGUGAGCGUGGGCAAGGAGAGGGGAGCGACGUGCCUCAUUCAGUAGUUUAGUGGUGAUUACUAAUCUGCUUUUCUGAAUAAAAUUUGGUUUGUCUGA